GUAAAAAUCUGAAGGCGCGCCAUUUUUGUGUUCCAUUUCAAACAUUGAAAUACAGGGUGCUGUGUUGGCGUGCGUUUGCACCGAAUUUUUGGCAGACUCUCGGAGGUAAUUUGAACAGAAAUGGCACAGCAGCCGUCGCAGGUAUUCGCAUCUUUCUCCCCGCAGACUGACGAGGUUAAACAAGCGACGGGCGGUGCAAGCAAGGCCCAGAAACUUCUCCGUGAAAUUCAGGUUUCUUCGACGGGCGAGGCGGCGCGUGCACCGGACAGGGCCACGGUUCGAGUUGUGGUCACCAGCACCAAGGAGGCGAUUGCUGAUGCUAAGGCUAGCACGACCAGGCGGCUGGAUUACAUCAUACAAACACUUCAUUCGCACAAUGUUAAAGAAGGUGACGUUACGAUCAGUAAGUUCAUCCAGCGAGUUGACAGUCUGUACUGCAUGGAGGCUGAGGUAACCGUCGUCUUUGUCGACUUCACCAAGUGCCAGUCAGUCUGUAAUUUCCUCACAGAGAAACUGGACGAAUCGGUCCGACUGCAUCCGCCGCAUUUCUACCACAGCGUACACAGUUUGGAGGCUGUCAGGAGACAAGCUUGUUUGAGCGCAGUGCAGAAUGCCAGACAGAAGGCGCUUGAAGUGGCCCGGUUACUGCGUCAGGCUCUGGGACGACCGCUGACCAUCCGCGAAGAGGAGACCUCGGAGUGUGAGGGGUCGUCACGUGAUUCCUCGAACGGACACGAAGGACCGAUCACAUUCCAGCAACGGAUAGCCAAUGCCACCUUCACAGUGACCACAAAAGUAUUCACACAAUUUGAACUUGUGUCCAGAGAGAAGGGAAAACAGCUAAAAUCAUGACCAAGAGUUUUUUUAAAGGUUUGGAAAGUUGGCCAUCGUGCAACAGGAGCUGUGAUGUAUUGCAAGUUGUGUCUUGAUCAUGUUUUCCAAUAGAUUUGGGUUUUUAUUAAGAAAGUUCUCUGCACAAAGGAAAUUGCCUUUUCAUUUCAGUCACAUGUACUUCCUUUUAAGGGGCAGUUGGGUCAGGAAUCAAUAAGGCAAAAGACCAUUCUAAUUCUUUUGAAAAUAUUCACUUCAACUUUGGUUUUAUUCAACUAGUCUAUCAUGUUGAGUCUGAACUACAAAUUGACUCCGUGAAUUGCACUGUACUUACUGGCUGAUAUUUAAUCCCCAGAAAGAAAAAGAAAACCUUACAUCAUGUACAUAACAUGUUCUGGUUAGCUGAGAGAUUCACCCAUCAGGGAUAAUAUUAAAUCACCAU